AUGAUUCUAGGACGACCCUCAGAACUAGUAAUAACUCUAGGACGACCUCCAGAACUAGUAAUGACUCCAGGACGACCCCCAGAACUAGUAAAGACUCUAGGACGACCCCCAGAACUAGUAAUGACUCUAGGACGACCCCCAGAACUAGUAAUGACUCUAGGACGACCCCCAGAACUAGUAAUGACUCCAGGACGACCCCCAGAUCUAGUAAUGACUCCAGGACGACCUCCAAAACUAGUAAUGACUCCAGGACGACCUCCAGAACUAGUAAUGACUCUAGGACGACCCCCUGAACUAGUAAUGACUCUAGGACGACCUCCAGAAAUAGUAAAUACUCUUGGACGACCCCCAGAACUAGUAUUGACUCUAGGACGACCCCCAGAAGUAGUAAGGACUCUAGGACGACCCCUCAGAACUAGUAAUGACUCUAGGACGACCCCCAGAAGUAGUAAUGACUCCAGGACGACCCCGAGAACUAGUAAUGACUCUAGGACGACCCCCGGAACUAGUAAUGACUCCAGGACGACCCUCAGAACUAGCAAUGACUCCAGGACGACCCCCAGAACUAGUAAUGACUCUAGGACGACCCUCAGAACUAGCAAUGACUCUAGGACGACCCUCAGAACUAGCAAUGACUCUAGGACGACCUCCAGCACUAGUGAGAACUCCAGGACGACUUCCAGCACUAGUUGGAAACCUGUUGUGGUCUCCAGUACUAGGAAGCACUAG